GCAGGCAUCAAGAUUCAUAGGCAGACGUGGAUCAUGUUCUCUUGACUUGACUUCUCUACGUCAGUUCUGGAUCGUCCCAAGAAACGCAAACAAGAGCGCUUGCGUGUCGCCGACAAAGCGUAUUGCCACCGGAUCGACUGCUUCAGAACAUCAAGCAAAACAGAAGAGGUUUCGGGAGUGAUGAAUGGAUGGAUGGAUGGAUGGAUAAAUUGACUCUAAUCUUGACUAAAAUCUAAGUUUGGUUUAAAGGACCCUCCGCUGCUUUUUGCUCCCCGCGGCACUUAAACCGGCCCUGCGAGGCUGCGACGUCUUUUUUAGUCUCGUUUGCUUGACGGCCCCCUUUCUUACUACUUAAAUUUUUCUCGCCAACCCCAUUCCUAUUGACUAUUUUCUACCCAGCUGUGGUAGCUUGCGACAAGUCAUCAUGAAGCGCCUCUUCAAUUCCUUCAGCAGGCGAUCCAGUCCCGCGCGCGACUCCCCUUCGUACCCCGAGGACUCUCCGGAAGGUAUCAUACUUAGAGAAGUGACCGCGUUCUGCGAAUCGGGCCCCAACAGCGCCAAUGGAGACGAGUUCGUUCACCUUCCUGCCAUCGUCGAGAGCGCCGAGUCCAGCCCCAACGCCGCCCGCGAAGCCGCCCUUCGCAUCUCCAAGCUGUUGUCCAAUCCCGCCAAAGCCCGGAGCAAUGUGCAGUACAAUGCGAUCAUGCUCAUGCGCAUCCUCAUCGAUAACCCAGGACAUACGUUCUCGCGGAACAUCGACGCCAAGUUCGUGGCGACUGUGAAGGACCUCUUCCGCAACGGGCGGGAUAUGAACGUACACAGCUUUUUGCGGGACACGUUGGAUUCUUUGGAAAUGCAGCGGGCAUGGGACGAAGAUCUCGCGCUGCUCCUGGGGAUGUGGAGCAAGGAGAAGGAAAAGUAUGCUCCCAAGAAUACGGGUAAUGUAUGUGUCCAGACAUCCCCCAUUACUCGUUCAAAGCAUCGCCAAGCUAAUCUUAUGAUUCCCCUACAGCCCGGCUUGACACAACCCCUGGUCCAGCCAUACCGACAAACCCCGAACUACUUCAACAACGCCCCCAACCAGAACCAACAUGGCGGGUUACCACAGCCCGAAGAGCUCUCCGCACGCAUCUCCGAGGCCAAGACAUCCGCGAAGCUACUCAUCCAAUUCGUCCAAUCCACGCCUCCGGCCGAGAUGCUCGAGAACGAGCUCAUCAAAGAAUUCUCCGACCGGUGUCGCACCGCCUCCCGUUUCAUCCAGAACUACAUCCAUGCCACAAAUCCCGCCCCAGACGAGGAUACCCUCGUGACGUUGAUCGAAGCCAACGACGAACUAUCCGUCGCUCUGUCCAAGCACCAGCACGCCUUGCUCCAGGCGCGUCGCGCCCAGGGACAAUCCGGCAGCCAGUCACCUGCAUCAUCCAGUCAGGCCUCGUCCUCUGGCGCCGUGCAACCACCAGCCCCGGCAGCAGCAGCAGGAGGAGCUUCUGCGCCGCCGGUGCCGCCUCGGAACCAAACCCAGAGCCCGCUAUCCUCGGGCUCUUCCUCGACCGCUCCGGUCCUUCCGCGCACGUAUAGCAACGGCGCAGGCCGGUUUGAGUACCGAUCGGAGGAUUUCCAGGUGCAGAACCCGUUUGCUGAUACUAGCGCCCCUGCUGCUGCUACUGGUACUGUCCCUGUGGCUCCUGCGGUGUAUGGUGAUCAGCAACAGGCUCGCGCGGAGGGGUCAUCUCCCGAUUGGUGGGCGGAGGGACAGCAGCAGCAGCAGCAGCAGCGACCGGUACAGCAACAUUAUUAAGAAGAUUGUAUGGAUUGUAAGGUGGUGAUUUGAUGAUGAUUAUUAUUAUUGUUUGACUUUUUGAUGUAUCGAUACCUUUUGUGAUACCUCUACCGCGGAGUGAAUUUGAUUUGCCAGAUGUGCUUGUUUGGUACAUUAGUACUUGCCUAUUGUCGUGAUCUUGUUAUCAUAAACAAAGUAUGGUCAGUACACAGUUGAUUUAGUAAGAUAUUGCAGUGUGAUAAAGCUUAUUAG